AUGGAACAAUUAUUUUCUCGUAAUUCAACAACACCGCCAUCAAAAGGCAUACCAUUCCCUGAAUAUUAUCCAAAUGUGAUGGAUUAUCGAUUUCCGUUAACAAUAGCUUCUCUUUACAUAAUUUCAGUAUCUCUAUUCAAUCCAAGAUCAAAUGCUGUUUCUCGUAUUGUAGCUAAACAAAAAGGCCUUAAAAUAAAAAAUACACAAAGUUCUCCUCUCAUGACUGCUUUCAUAUUCUUGCAUAACUUGGCUUUGUGCGUUUUUAGUAUAAUUACUUUUAUUAAUAUGGGGCGUGCAUUUUUUAUGAAUUUUGUGAAACACAGUGAUAGUUUUACUGAUGCUUAUUGCGAUCGAGAUAGUUCUUUAUGGAAUAAUUCUCUCGGUUAUUGGGGUUACCUUUUCUAUCUUUCAAAAUUCUAUGAAGUAAUUGAUACGGUGAUAAUUCUCUUUAAAGGACGCCGUUCCUCAUUCCUUCAAACUUAUCAUCAUGCCGGCGCAAUGAUAACAAUGUGGAGUGGGAUGAACUUUAAAGCGCCACCAAUUUGGAUUUUUGUUGUUUUUAAUUCAUUUAUUCAUUCCAUAAUGUAUGCAUAUUACGCAGCUACUUGUAUCGGUUUUUCUCCUCCAGGAAAACAAUAUUUGACUACAAUGCAAAUUAUUCAAUUUUUAAUUGGAACUCCAUUGGCUAUUUCAUAUUUAUUUGUUGAUGAUUGUUUAAGAACAGAUACGGCCGUUUAUGCUACUUAUAUUAACGUCUGUUAUUUGUUACCAUUAACAGCUUUAUUUAUUAAUUUUGCUGCAAAAACGUAUGGAAGUAAAAGAAAGAAUGUUAAAAAGGUUCAAUAA